AUGUCCAGCCAACCACAGAAUCAAACUCAGUCACAGCCGAAGAGGAGAGCUGGACCGUCGCGUACGAUCAAGGGCUACCUCAUCCUGUAUAACCUCGUUUCCGCGGCAGCAUGGGCCAACGUCCUCUACCAAACUGCACUCUAUCUGUCCAAGUCAUCCUCAACAUUAACGAGCCUGACGACCUCGGCGCCAUCAUGGCUUCCCCCAUCAGUAGCACCGUACUGGAAACAUGCUACAGGCACGUACGGUGCCGUUGGCGAACUCACUAAAUGGGUGCAGACCGGCGCAGCGCUUGAGGUGUUGCACUCCUUACUCGGCUUCGUGCGGUCCCCAGUGCAAACGACAGCAGCGCAAGUUGCAAGCAGGCUGUACCUUGUGUGGGCUAUCGCCGACCGAUUCGCUUCCGCUCAAUCCUCGCCCUACUUCGCAACAAUGGUUUUGUCCUGGUCCAUCACCGAAAGCAUACGUUAUCCCUUCUACGCCCUCGGCCUGCUGGGGUCCGAACCUCGCUUCUUGCUUUGGCUGCGUUACACGACUUUCUACGUCCUCUAUCCGACUGGCGCCGGGUCUGAGGCGCUUGUUUGCCUAGCAACACUGCCUUUCAACAAGCCCAUCACCAAAUGGGACUUUUGGUCGUACGCGCGGGGUGGACUUGUCUUAUUUUGGGUGCCUGCUCUCUAUGUGAUGUACAUGCACAUGGUUGCGCAGAGGCGCAAGAUAUUCGGCCCGGGUGCGAAGGCGAAGACAGCUUGA